AUGAGCACAACCACAUUAGAAUCAUCUACAAGUGACAGAGCUUCAACAUUGGAGACUACCGAAUCCACAACUGGUACCUCUCCAUCUUCACCAUCCUCUACAACAGAAAGAACAUCAGAAUUGACUUCACCCACAACAGAAAUAUCUUCAGCUAGUGUAGAACAAACAACAAGCCAGCAAACACAAACCACUCCAGUUACUUCUAGCACAGAAGCAGAAUCUACAAUCACAGCUCAAUCAACAUUUACAACAGCUAUGUCCCCGAUGAGCACAACCACAUUAGAAUCAUCUACAAGUGACAGUGCUUCAACAUUGGAGACUACACUAACCACAACUGGUACCUCUCCAUCUUCACCAUCCUCUACAACAGAAAGAACAUCAGAAUUGACUUCACCCACAACAGAAAUAUCUUCAGCUAGUGUAGAACAAACAACAAGCCAGCAAACACAAACCACUCCAGUUACUUCUAGCACAGAAGCAGAAUCUACAAUCACAGCUCAAUCAACAUUUACAACAGCUAUGUCCACGAUGAGCACAACCACAUUAGAAUCAUCUACAAGUGACAGUGCUUCAACACUGGAGACUACAUUACCCACAACUGGUACCUCUCCAUCUUCACCAUCCUCUACAACAGAAAGUACAUCAGAAUUGACUGCACCCACAACAGAAAUAUCGUCAGCCAGUGUAGAACAAACAACAAGCCAGCAAACACAAACCACUCCAGUUACUUCUAGCACAGAAGCAGAAUCUACAAUCACAGCUCAAUCAACAUUUACAACAGCUAUGUCCCCGAUGAGCACAACCACAUUAGAAUCAUCUACAAGUGACAGUGCUUCAACACUGGAGACUACAUUACGCACAACUGGUACCUCUCCAUCUUCACCAUCCUCUACAACAGAAAGUACAUCAGAAUUGACUUCACCCACAACAGAAAUAUCUUCAGCUACUGUAGAACAAACAACAAGCCAGCAAACACAAACCACUCCUCUUACAUCUAGCACAGAAGCAGAAUCUACAAUCAAAGCUCAAUCAACAUUUACAACAGCUAUGUCCCCGAUGAGCACAACCACAUUAGAAUCAUCUACAAGUGACAGUGCUUCAACACUGGAGACUACAUUACGCACAACUGGUACCUCUCCAUCUUCACCAUCCUCUACAACAGAAAGUACAUCAGAAUUGACUGCACCCACAACAGAAAUAUCUUCAGCCAGUGUAGAACAAACAACAAGCCAGCAAACACAAACCACUCCAGUUACUUCUAGCACAGAAGCAGCUCAAUCAACAUUUACAACAGCUAUGUCCACGAUGAGCACAACCACAUUAGAAUCAUCUACAAGUGACAGUGCUUCAACACUGGAGACUACAUUACCCACAACUGGUACCUCUCAAACUUCACCAUCCUCUACAACAGAAAGUACAUCAGAAUUGACUUCACCCACAACAGAAAUAUCUUCAGCUAGUGUAGAACAAACAACAAGCCAGCAAACACAAACCACUCCAGUUACUUCUAGCACAGAAGCAGCUCAAUCAACAUUUACAACAGCUAUGUCUCCAAUGAGCACAGCCACAUUAGAAUCAUCUACAAGUGACAGUGCUUCAACACUGGAGACUACACUAACCACAACUGGUACCUCUCCAUCUUCACCAUCCUCUACAACAGAAAGUACAUCAGAAUUGACUUCACCCACAACAGAAAUAUCUUCAGCUAGUGUAGAACAAACAACAAGCCAGCAAACUCCAGUUACUUCUAGCACAGAAGCAGAAUCUACAAUGACAGCUCAAUCAACAUUUACAACAGCUAUGUCCCAGAUGAGCACAACCACAUUAGAAUCAUCUACAAGUGACAGUGCUUCAACACUGGAGACUACAUUACCCACAACUGGUACCUCUCCAUCUUCACCAUCCUCUACAACAGAAAGUACAUCAGAAUUGACUUCACCCACAACAGAAAUAUCUUCAGCUAGUGUAGAACAAACAACAAGCCAGCAAACACAAACCACUUCCGUUACAUCUAGCACAGAAGCAGAAUCUACAAUCACAGCUCAAUCAACAUUUACAACAGCUAUGUCCCCGAUGAGCACAGCCACAUUAGAAUCAUCUACAAGUGACAGUGCUUCAACACUGGAGACUACAUUACCCACAACUGGUACCUCUCCAUCUUCACCAUCCUCUACAACAGAAAGUACAUCAGAAUUGACUUCACCCACAACAGAAAUAUCUUCAGCUAGUGUGGUCCAAACAACAAGCCAGCAAACACAAACCACUCCCGUUACUUCUAGCACAGAAGCAGAAUCUACAAUGACAGCUCAAUCAGCAUUUACAACAGCUAUGUCCCCGAUGAGCACGACCACAUUAGAAUCAUCUACAAGUGACAGUGCUUCAACACUGAAGACUACAUUACCCACAACUGGUACCUCUCCAUCUUCACCAUCCUCUACAACAGAAAGUACAUCAGAAUUGACUUCACCCACAACAGAAAUAUCUUCAGCUAGUGUAGAACAAACAACAAGCCAGCAAACACAAACCACUUCCGUUACAUCUAGCACAGAAGCAGAAUCUACAAUCACAGCUCAAUCAACAUUUACAACAGCUAUGUCUCUGAUGAGCACAACCACAUUAGAAUCAUCUACAAGUGACAGUGCUUCAACACUGGAGACUACACUAACCACAACUGGUACCUCUCCAUCUUCACCAUCCUCUACAACAGAAAGUACAUCAGAAUUGACUGCACCCACAACAGAAAUAUCGUCAGCCAGUGUAGAACAAACAACAAGCCAGCAAAAACAAACCACUCCAGUUACUUCUAGCACAGAAGCAGCUCAAUCAACAUUUACAACAGCUAUGUCCCCGAUGAGCACAACCACAUUAGAAUCAUCUACAAGUGACAGUGCUUCAACACUGGAGACUACAUUACCCUCAACUGGUACCUCUCCAUCUUCACCAUCCUCUACAACAGAAAGUACAUCAGAAUUGACUUCACCCACAACAGAAAUAUCUUCAGCUAGUGUAGAACAAACAACAAGCCAGCAAACACAAACCACUCCAGUUACUUCUAGCACAGAAGCAGAAUCUACAAUGACAGCUCAAUCAACAUUUACAACAGCUAUGUCCCCGAUGACCACAACCACAUUAGAAUCAUCUACAAGUGACAGUGCUUCAACACUGGAGACUACAUUACCCACAACUAUUACCUCUCCAUCUUCACCAUCCUCUACAACAGAAAGUACAUCAGAAUUGACUUCACCCACAACAGAAAUAUCUUCAGCUAGUGUAGAACAAACAACAAGCCAGCAAACACAAACCACUCCCAUUACUUCUAGCACAGAAGCAGCUAAAUCAACAUUUACAACAGCUAUGUCUCCAAUGAGCACAGCCACAUUAGAAUCAUCUACAAGUGACAGUGCUUCAACACUGGAGACUACAUUACCUACAACUGGUACCUCUCCAUCUUCACCAUCCUCUACAACAGAAAGUACAUCAGAAUUGACUUCACCCACAACAGAAAUAUCUUCAGCUAGUGUAGAACAAACAACAAGCCAGCAAACUCCAGUUACUUAUAGCACAAAAGCAGAAUCUACAAUGACAGCUCAAUCAACAUUUACAACAGCUAUUUCCCCGUUGAGCACAACCACAUUAGACUCAUCUACAAGUGACAGUGCUUCAACACUGGAGACUACACUAACCACAACUGGUACCUCUCCAUCUUCACCAUCCUCUACAACAGAAAGUACAUCAGAAUUGACUGCACCCACAACAGAAAUAUCUUCAGCCAGUGUAGAACAAACAACAAGCCAGCAAACACAAACCACUCCAGUUACUUCUAGCACAGAAGCAGCUCAAUCAACAUUUACAACAGCUAUGUCCCCGAUGAGCACAACCACAUUAGAAUCAUCUACAAGUGACAGUGCUUCAACACUGGAGACUACAUUACCCUCAACUGGUACCUCUCCAUCUUCACCAUCCUCUACAACAGAAAGUACAUCAGAAUUGACUUCACCCACAACAGAAAUAUCUUCAGCUAGUGUAGAACAAACAACAAGCCAGCAAACACAAACCACUCCAGUUACUUCUAGCACAGAAGCAGAAUCUACAAUCACAGCUCAAUCAACAUUUACAACAGCUAUGUCCCCGAUGAGCACAACCACAUUAGAAUCAUCUACAAGUGACAGUGCUUCAACACUGGAGACUACAUUACCCACAACUGGUACCUCUCCAUCUUCACCAUCCUCUACAACAGAAAGUACAUCAGAAUUGACUGCACCCACAACAGAAAUAUCUUCAGCCAGUGUAGAACAAACAACAAGCCAGCAAACACAAACCACUCCAGUUACUUCUAGCACAGAAGCAGCUCAAUCAACAUUUACAACAGCUAUGUCCACGAUGAGCACAACCACAUUAGAAUCAUCUACAAGUGACAGUGCUUCAACACUGGAGACUACAUUACCCACAACUGGUACCUCUCCAUCUUCACCAUCCUCUACAACAGAAAGUACAUCAGAAUUGACUUCACCCACAACAGAAAUAUCUUCAGCUAGUGUAGAACAAACAACAAGCCAGCAAACACAAACCACUCCAGUUACUUCUAGCACAGAAGCAGAAUCUACAAUGACAGCUCAAUCAACAUUUACAACAGCUAUGUCCCGAUGA